GAUAACGACAAGAUAUUAGCAAGCUCAGAAAUGGUAGCCAUUUUCAACUUUUUCUUAAUUACAAUAAUUUUAUUAACUUCAGAUUUCGCAAUUUGUCGACGGUUAUAUUUUAUCGAAGAAGAAUGUUUAAAUGGCACGUUAAGGAUAGAACUGAAGUCGUCAGGAUACGAUUCGAAUGCCGUUUUGUCGGCUUCUGUUCAUGGUUCUUCUACAAUUAACCGUAAAUGUAACGUUUUGAUAGAACCAGAAAUGGGAUUCGGAACCGUCGUCUCUUUCGAACACGUGGACAUUUCCAUGGAUCCUUUAUGCAGAAAUUAUAUACAGGUUUGCGGAAUUAACGAAGUAAAAGAUUGCAGUCGCAGGAAGUUUUGCUAUUUAAAAGGAAAAUUGUCGGAAUCUUUCAAUACCGGAGUUUCUGUUCGUUAUUUCACUUCGAAAGCCUUUGUUAACGCACACAACACUGGUUUUCAACUAAGUUUCACUUCAUACAGAUUAGCUCUACAUAAAGAUUGCGGAAACGAACACAAUUUUUUAUGCGACAAUCAUCAUUGUGUUUGGAAGGGGCUUCUAUGCGAUGGUAGAAAUAAUUGCGGUGACAAUAGCGACGAAAUCGAUUGCCCUAUGGACUGGCACAUUAUAUUGAAAAUCGUUUUGGCUAUUUUCUUGGGCAUCGUUUGUAUAUUAUUGUCCGUAAUCUGCUUCGUCUAUUGUUUCAAUAAGAAACUGAGAAAAAAUGAAAUUUCUUAUAAAUAUGUCGCAAUUUAAA